AUGCACACACACACACUGAGGGAACAAGACUGUUUGUGGUUUGACAUCUUGUGCCUGACAUUGACACAACAAACCAAACUCAUGAUUAUGGAAACCGUCUCACAACGAAACCUCAUGUUAGAAUGUCAGAUCUGUCUGAACUGCUACAAUUUGCAGUACAGGCCCAAGCUCUUGGACUGCCAACACACCUACUGCUCUGUGUGCUUGACCCAGAUGAAGAUGAGCCUGAGUGAGCUGCGCUGCCCCUGGUGUCGCUCUGUCACCACCCUGCCACCUGGGGUCUCCGUCUCCCAGCUCCCAGAUGACCCGGACAUUAUGGCCGUCAUCUCUGUCCCAUCCCCCCCGGAAUACACACCGGUCUUCUUCAAACAGCUGCUUAGUAACACCUGCUACCUGUCUAUAGACCACCAAGAGAGGGCCACAGUGCCAGGGUUGGGGGAGGAACAUGGGGAGAGGGAGGAAGGUUGUUGUAAGAGCUCGUUCACGACCAGGGCAGGCUUAGUGGUUCUUCUGGGUUUUGUCCUACUCUUAUGUACAUUAUGA